AUGCCAUCAUCUCCAGAGUCCGAGGGAACUAAAGACGACAACAGUGUUACCACUGGAUUUAUCUCGCCGGAUGACCUCCCAGGCCAGAAAAAUGUUCGCGGACCUACACGGUCUCCUUCCACCUCCAUCCCCCAGCUUGAAUCUGGCCACAACAAGCCGCAAGUCAUCAACGCCCCACAACGCGCUGUUGUUGAACAGAGAGCGAGUCUCUUCGGGCCCACUGCUGUGAAAGGGUGUAGAAGUGUCGAAUCUUUGAGAAAACGCGUCGCUCGUAUGCCGUCGCUGGAUUCUCUACCGGAGAAUGGGACCGAGAGAGCGUGCCCAGAAAUUGAGAUUGAGGGCAUGAAUCAGGGUAUUCCUGAUGAAGAACACAGCGCAAUGCUUCUCGUGAUCCCAGAAAUCUCGAGAAUUGUUGAACCGCUGAGCAUGCCGGAAUUGGAGCAUAUGUCCAUCAUGCUCCACCAAAGAUACGGUCGUGUGGAGACUCCCACUGAUGAAAUAUCAAAUGCGGAAAGACUUAAGACCGUCGUCAGGAAAAAGGGAUUCGAAGUUACAGGGUUUAAACUCGACGAAAAGGAAAAUAAGAUUUCGCUCUCUCUUUUGAAGAAGGAGUUUUCCGUAAUCACCAACACGACCCCAUCGUCCCCUCAUCAGGAGCUUGUUACGAGCAGCAAGCAGCCUCAAGCACCAGUCGCGCCUUCCACUCGGCUUCUCCAAGCAAGGUCAGCCCCUCAGCAGAGGUCAUUUGGCCCUCGUCUCCGUAACGCCAUUACAAUGUCAAACCUUCGUGCCAAAGCUCGUGAGAAUGAGGUUUCUACCCCUCUCUACCCAUCUCAACGCCGUCCUCUUCGUCCUUCCGCAAGCAACGGAGCUCUUUUGUCUUCACGUCCUACUAUACGUGCGGUGCAGCCGUCACCGGUUAUCUCCGAAUCUCCUGGCCGCUUCUCCCCACACAAAAAUAUCGGUGUCCUGACUCGUGGUACCAACUUCAACAGGCGUGGAGAGCCUUUCCCGGAGAUGCAAAUUAGGAAUCAGCUCACCGAGAAUAAUCUACGCAUUCAGGAGAGACUCGGACCUUUGAGCCUGCGUGAAGGAAGCGAGGCGGAAAUCAAUCUUCAACGCGCCCAGGCAUUGGAUAGAACCUUGAAAUUUGGAGAAGAACUACUGCAGAAAAUCGAUAAGGAUAACGCUCAGGAUCGGGCACAGUUGAUGGAACAGGCUGGUACACUUGAAACCACAAAUAGCAGCACUACCGACAAUAGUCACGUUGCUUAUCCAGAAAUUGUCGGCCUUGCGAAUCGUGAUAUUCUUCAGUAUGCAGAGGAAGAGACCUUUUCUGGCCUUUCUUGCACUGGAUCCAGGGUUUCGAGAUCUCAUGUUUCGAAUACCGCUAGUGUCCCGCGUCUCGAAGUCCCCACAAUGGAAAAUCAACCUACGGAGGAAGAUACUCUGGUUGCUCGGCACCCAUUACGCCUUGUUUCAAGCAUGGCCGAUAUGCGCUCAAGGAACAAAGAGACUGUAGCAAAACCAUUCAGUCGCGCCGCCGUUGAGCCCGGUCUUACUCCUUACCGCAGCUUCUCUGCUUUGCCGGCGGCGACCAAUCUUGUUACCAAGGAAACCCGCGCUCGUACUCCAUUUGAUCCAACUCGUAAGAAUGCGGCAUUGUCCAGGCCAACCACAUCGCAGAGUAACAAACAGAAGGAUCAGCCCGCUGGUGCUAAAAAGACUCCAGGAGGAUUUGGGAGGGAGUUGAAGUGGGCUUAG